ACGCCAGCUUAUCACGUACUCUGCUGACCGGGGCCCCCUUACCUGAGAUAUCUGAAGCGUAUAUAUGACGGCGCCGGUCUCUUCUCUCCGCAACUCGACAGAAGUGACUUCCUGUGAUCUGCUGAGCGCACCGCACUGACCAUGGCUACCAACUACGACGUGACCAAGUACCAGCCGUGCUUUGAGUGGGUGACGUGCUUCAAGAACCGGCUGCCCUACCACGCUUUGGGCGCGGGAGAGUUGAACGGCCAGAAAGUGUACGUCGCGCGCGCGGUGCACGAAGGCGACACGCUCAUCGGCUGGGCUCAGCCCGGCGUCGCUUGCUGCUACGUCAGCUGGGCGGGCGAGGCGCACCCGCACGAGGAGUACCAGUGCUUGGCGACGGAGACCCCGGAAAAAUUGGACUGGGUGCCAGCCACCGAAGGAGAUGUGCCCAUUGGCGCCUUGCAAGGCGGCAGCACAUCCGACGGCGAGCAGUUGUUCAUCGGCCGCGUACAGAACGGCGACAACGUGCUCGUUGGAAAGGUGCAGCCCAGCCACAAGGUCCUCUACGUAGCGCACGAAGACCAGGAGCUGAAAUUCGACGAAUACGAGGUCCUAGUCUGCAAGAAGCUCGAGCUGUGCUAGCUCGCUACGUCUGAGCUUCAGCACUGUAAGCAGAGUCACAAGCUCGGAAAGAAAGUUGUACCUGCUACCAAGAAUAUUAAUAAACUGUCAAGCAGA